AUGAAUUUCCGCUCUAUUUCUGCCAUCUCUGCCAUCAUUUGUGUCUCGUUGGCCAAUACCUUGAGCCUACAAAAUAUCACUGGCAUCACCAGCCCAAGUAAUAAUGCCACUGGUAUCGCCAGUCCAAAUACCACGGUGUCUUCCUCUGCUUCUACCAUGAGUAUCAAUGCCGGGUUUCUCUUGGCUAUGGCUGCUGGGGCUGGGGCUGUUGCUCUCUUGUUUUGA